CAUGCACACACACUCGCUCACAUAAAAGGUUUCGGUCUGUGGCCCUGCUCUCAGCUCAGUGUUGAGUGAGCAGGUGAUGUGCCAGGACUUCCAUUUAUCCACAGAGGACUGCCUGUUUCUCAACAAUAAUAAUUUUAAAAAAAAAAACCCACACACCUGGGAGGAGCUGAGUUGCUUUCUAAGCAGAUUGUUUAAAAAAAUACAAUAAAAAACAGAAAGAAAGAAAAAAAGAAUGUCAGGGAGCUCUGUAGCCGGCUCUUUUGCUGUAGCAGACUAUGUGGUUUUUGCGGUCAUGCUGCUGGUGUCCGCCGCCGUCGGGGUCUACUUCGCCUGGACGGACAGGAGACAGCGCAGCGCCGGGGACUUCCUGACAGGGGGCCGCAGGCUGACCGCGCUGCCCGUCUCCAUGUCCCUGUCUGCCAGCUUCAUGUCGGCCGUCACGGUGCUGGGGAACCCCGCCGAGGUGUACCGCUACGGAGCCAGCAUCGCGUUUUACGCCAUCUCCUACGUUGUCACAAUGCUGCUGACCUCCGAGGUCUUCCUGCCGGUCUUCUACAAGCUGAGCAUCACGAGCACGUAUGAGUACCUGGAGCUGCGUUUCAACAGAGCGACCCGUCUGAUGGGAACCAUGCUCUUCAUUGUUCAGACAAUUCUUUAUACCGGAAUUGUCAUCUACGCUCCGGCUCUCGCUUUGAACCAAGUGACUGGUCUGGAUCUGUGGGGCGCCGUUAUUUCAACGGGAGUGGUCUGUACCUUUUACUGUACAAUGGGUGGCCUAAAGGCAGUGGUGUGGACUGAUGUAAUUCAGCUUGGUGUCAUGCUUGCGGGCUUCCUCACCGUCAUCAUCCGGUCUGUAGUCUUACAAGGCGGAGUCAUCAACAUCAUCUCUGACUCACAGCAGGGAGGAAGACUAAAUCUUCUGGACUUUGAUCCAAACCCGCUGAGGAGACACACGUUUUGGACUCUGUCUAUCGGAGGGACAUUCAUUUGGCUCAGUAUCUAUGGAAUCAACCAGGCACAGGUUCAAAGAUACAUCUCCUGCAAGAGCAUGACUCAUGCCAGACUUUCCUUGUUCAUCAACUUGUUGGGGCUUUGGUCCAUUUUACUGAGCUCAGUGUUCGCAGGAAUGUGUCUGUUCUCAGUCUAUAAAAGUUGUGACCCUUGGACCACCGGACUUAUUUCUGCUCCUGAUCAGCUGAUGCCAUAUCUGGUGAUGGACAUCUUGGGCGGCUAUCCUGGCCUUCCUGGACUGUUUGUUGCGGCAGCUUACAGCGGUUCUCUGAGCACUGUGUCUUCCAGCAUCAAUGCACUUGCCGCAGUGACAGUUGAGGACAUCAUAAGACCGUACACCAACUUUUCGGAAAAGCGCCUGACGUGGCUAUCAAAGGGAAUGAGUUUUUUCUAUGGGAUUUUAUGCAUUGGAAUGGCGGGACUGGCCUCUUUUAUGGGAGGAAUCUUGCAGGCAGCCGUCAGUAUUUUUGGGAUCAUUGGUGGCCCUUUGCUUGGCUUGUUCACACUGGGGAUUUUAUGUCCACUGGCCAACUCUAAAGGAGCUUUAUCAGGCCUUUUGUCAGGUAUGGCGUUAUCUCUUUGGGUGGGCAUUGGAGCUCAGAUAUACCCUCCGUCCAAUGCCUUGAGUCAACCUCUACCUCUAUCCACCGAUGGAUGCAAUUUCACUACAGCCCAUGGCUCGAAUUGGACCUCCAGCGCUUUACCAAUCCAGAACUUCACAUCAGUGGCACCAGUGCACCACCAUGACAAGUCCGUGCUGACCGAACUGUACUCUCUGUCCUAUCUGUACUUCAGUCCAUUGGGAACCAUCACAGCGAUCGGCGUAGGACUGGUUGUCAGCGUCUUGACAGGAGGCUGCAACCUCAAAGUGGAGCCAAGGCUUAUCUUAAAGAAGGAAGACACAACCAUUUACCAUUUCAUCAAAAUGUUUACAGGCAGAAUCAAGCGUCGAAGUGGACAUCUGGACCUGAAGAAGGACAGAGAGAUGACCUUUGGCAAUGCUAAUCCCGCUUUUAGCGAUUUUGAGCUGGACCUUGCAAAAAGAGGACUUUCUUGAUAUAAAGAAACCAAUGUUUGGUCAACAAUUUGUUUAAUUAUUUUUGUCUAGUCUCAUCAAAAGGAAUGCCAGUAAAGAAUGAGAGAAUAUAUAGGAUUGGUAGCAACUGUAAUUAUAUUUGCUGAAAGCCUUGGUUUCCGGGGUUCUUUUGUACAAUUUAGAGAGCUUGUACCUUCCAUUUGUACAAAAUGUACAUAAUUCAAGCACUGUUUCACAGACUGGCCAAAGUGUUACAGCUUAGAGCAAGGGUCUCAAACUCCAGUCCUCAAGGGCCGCUGUCCUGCCAUUUUUAGAUGUGCCACAGGUACAAAACACUGGAAUAAAAUGGCUUAAUUACCUCCUCCUUGUAUAAAUCAGUUCUCCAGAGCCUUAAUGACCUAAUUAUUCUAUUUGGGUGUGGUGCAGCAGAGGCACAUCUAAAAGUUGCAGGACAGUGGCCCUUGAGGACUGGAGUUUGACACCGGUGGCUUAGAGAGUUAUCGCCAAACUAGUGCGUGUUUGAGAGAAACCAUACCUAUUCCUCAGCAAGCUUACUCAGUGUACCUGUCAAGAAGGCUUUGAUAAGGUACAAAAAUACUCUGUUGGACAGCUUGUUUCAUACUACUGCCAUUCAGACUAGGUUCUGUACACAAGGACUUCUGGUGACAUUAGGAGAUCGUCUGAAUGAACAGUUUUAUGUUGAUUGUGAGCAGACACACUGGGUAAAAACAAAAAGAAAGACCUGCCUAAGAACUGGGCAGGUUACAUAUAAACUUCUUUGCUUGUCUCCAGGUCUUGGUGAUCUAUCUAGAAUGAUCAUGUCACCUAUUGCAAUGUGUCCUCAGCAACCCUGUAAAGUGACAGGCCAGUUUGUCUUUCUUUAGCCCAAUGAAACCGUCUGCCAGAUAUGUUUUUGUGAUUCAAGACAUUUCCACUCUGUUAUGUAAUUUGAUGAUUGUACAAUGACUGAAUAUUCCAUAAAGGGAUUGAGAAACCCAGAUCAUCCUCACUCCCUUUAUAGGUUUACCUAAUGCGUUGAUGAACUCAAAAGAAUAACCAGCUCUCCAACAGCAGGAGUGUACAGGUGUGUUUUAUCACAACCCCAAGUUGGGAAGAACAUCUGCAUUGACCUUUGCCCUUAGAUCAAAUGGAUAUCUCAAUGCAGAUGAUUUUUUCCCUUCAUAAUCCCAUCUAGUUUGUGAAGUGCACUAAACCUUCCUGCAACAAAACACUCCACUGGUUUACCUUAAAGAACUGACAUAUUUGUAGAGAGAAAUCUCAAUUUAAAUAUUCUUGGUAUCUGGAUAUUGACUUCUAAGAGCCAAUAUAUAUUUUUUGUUCUCCACUUUCACACACAAAUAGUCAUUUCAUUCAUGAACUGAGGUAGGGCUGAGAGAGCAGAUUAUGAGGUGAAUGGCGCCAUCUGCUGGAUGAUAACGACUCUGCAACAACCAAGUUUUUAAAAUUUAUUUAUUUUUUUAUGGAUGGAACUUCUUUACAUGCCAUAAAUUAGAAUUAGCCACGACAACCACCAUAACUGUAAAAUCAUGCUUGUUUCAUUUAGGUAGCACUCUGAUCCGUUGCUACUUCUAGAUAAAAUAUUUUGGAAUAAAGUUUUACCCCCAAAAUAAAAAAAACUUUUUGUUGCAUAUCUCAAUCCAAUAAUACACCCAGUAACUUCUUCCCUAAACGUAGAUUUAUUCUCAACCAUAAAAUCUCCCUAAACCUUGACUUUAUUUAUUUAUUUAAAUAUUUAGCUUAAUUUUGGUUGCUGACCAAAUGUCAUAAUUGGUCCUGGUUGUGUAUUUGGGAGAAAUCAGAAAUUCAAUUUAAGCUAAAUCCCAGGCUAAGCCAUCCUGUCCCUAAAAAGUUCACAAAUAGGGAAAUUAAAAACAAUAAAUCACCUAAACAAGCUAAAAAAAAAAUCUGAUAACUCAUAAAUUGCAUUCAUGAGAUAAAGGAAUAAAAUACAUAGGUAUAUGAUAAAUAUUUAGAAGUUUUUUUUGUUAUUUUUUUACCUCCAAAGGGUUAAUUUUCAACAAACAUGAGUGUCAUGAAUCAGACUACAGCUCAGAUAACUCAUUUUGCUGCCAAUUUGCAAACACUGGCUGAAUUUGUUUUGAAUUUUAUUUAUAAUAAAUACCAAUAAAUCAUGCAUAUCCUGUCAUAUUGUUCCUGAAUGGAAUAAACAACUGCUGAUCUUCAACAGAUGUGUCAACCCCCCCCUUUAAAAAAAAAAAAGAAACACAAGUUACACCAGGAUUUAGUUGCAUGGCUCAGUGUUUACAGCUUGUUUGUCCUCAGAGUGCAAAGAAGGAACUGUGGAAUAAAUUCAAAUUUAGAAAAUUUGAAACCAAGAUCCCCGCCCCCCUCAAAGCCACAUUUCAGGACCCCACCACAGAAACAUGGCCAGGUUCCCCUUUACAUUUGCUUGCUCCUUCUCGUGGACCAUGUGGAAUGUCGAAUGGGACAUUCAGAGCUCUUCCGCACACCAACACAACAUCACUAAGCUGUGCGCAUGCAAAUUAUUACCAGCAACAUGUCUGGUUCAGUUUUGUAACUUCUGCUUUGGCGCUACAAUUGUGUGCUGUUUUACAAUUUGACAUUUACAUCAACACGAGAGGGAAAAGGGACAUCCUUUUUCAAAUAGGGAAGUGCAUUAAAAAGCUGGCUCCAUGUUGCAAAUUAUUGGCUUGUUGGUUAAUACACUGCCCUGUAAAAGUGUUCAUGCUCCUUGAGCUUUUCCACCUGAACUAGACCAAAGAAAAGUAGUGCAUCAAUGUGAAUCAAAGAAAUAAUUUCGUGCUAGAAACACAACAGGUCAGGGGUAAAGUUGUUGAGGUGUUUGAAGCUGGGCUUAGUUAUGAAAACACAUCAUAAGAUAUGAACAUCUUACAAAGCACAGCUUAAACCCGUCAACUGAAUAUGGCAACAAUACCCAGAAAUGGCCAUACAAGGGCAAAGAGAUAAUUUUUCAGAGAAUCGCAGCCUUGAGGCCCAUAACUGGAGGAGCUGCAUGGACACACAGCUCAAAAAGAGAAUCUGUCGAGAGGAAAGCAGUCAGUCAUGCACUGGGCAAAUGCAGCCUCUAUGGAUGAGUUGUGAGAAAACUGUAAGAAGAUCACCAAGAAGUUUGCCACGAGCUCUAAAGAGGAUAAAGAAAGCAUGGUGUUCUGGUUCGAUGAGACCAAAAUUUAGUUUUUGUUCCUAUAGCCAAAACUCCGUGGCAUUAAACGACCACUGCAGGACAAUGCUAUCCUGGCCAUAGCAUUGCUUGAGUUGUGGCAGUGGUGCGCAGUGCAGAGAUGGAACAGGGAAGAUGGUUAAGAUUAACCUUGAGAACCCCUGCCCCCCCCCCCCCAAAAAAACCCUAUAAAAUCUACAAAAAAUUACAUUUGGAUUGAAUUUAAAUGAAAACCACCAUUUUGAGAUUUUUGUUUGUAAAAACAUAUCACCUUCCUUCACACUUGUGCACAAAUUUCUAUCAAUCUCGUGAAAUCCAGAGAAAAUCAGUUGAAGAUUUGUGUUGCCAUGUGACAAAUGACAGCAGUUUGCAUGGCAUUAAUACUUCUGCCAGGCAUUUCAGCUGGGAGGAAAGAAGAGAGAUUAAAAUAGACCGAAACAACUGAAGUACUGCAUCAUUAAUUCCAUAUUCCAGGUGUGUGAGCGUCUUUUGAGGAUGGAUUUCCUAUGGCCAGAAACUUCCAUUAUGGCUUUGUUAAAACCUUCUCCCUUCCAGAAGCCUGGUUGAUUUAUAAAUGGUGGUAUUAGGCUAAUGCACUGACACGUGUAUGAAUGUUAAAUUUACACUGGGAUGCAGAACGCAUUUCAUUGCAGAAUAGGCUACUUUAUUUGUGCAAAGAUCCAUGCAUCCCUUUUUGGGACAUACAAAAGUGUAUUCAAUUGAAAACUGUGGGAGCCACAGAAAGAAAUAAAGUAAAAA